CCUGCGUAAUGGAGCUAAAACAUGUUAAAAAAGUAAUUCUAUUAAUAUAGAGGCAACCAUUGUAAAGCACGACGAACCUCACUUUCAGACAAUUCUGUUUUAUUGGACUAAAACUCACUCAUUUUUCUUAAAUAUGAACAAGAACAAAACUAGCCUACCUUUGCAACUAGCAUCCUACUCAACAUACGCCUCUGAAACUUAACUGAUGCUUUUUUAUAACACACACACACACAUACCUUUAGCAUCAAUAUUGUAAAAGGAAUUUGAAAAAAAAAAAAAAAACUAAUCACAAAUUAAAACAGAAGCAAAAGUAUUCUGAUGGGCACUGUGUUUUUUCAUCGUCAGGAAGUUACAUAAAAUACAAUGAGUUAUCUAGCGUGCGUGUUUCUUACUGUAUUAAUUCUGGAUUCGUGUACAUCGCUAGCUCCCAGAUACGGAAAUGUGGAAAGUCCACUUCGAGUUCAGCCAGAACCAGGGCGCUUUCAAACUCCUAGAGUUUUUGAAGCUGGCAGUGUAAGCAGUCAACUUGGCGAAGAAGAGAAGGGAGGCUAUUCACAAAAAAACGAUCGACAAGAUGCGCUGGCAUCGUACCUAAAACGCCACAGGAAAUUGGGGGCAUGGAAGAACGUAAGCUGUGAUAUUUGCAUCUUUGUGGUCUCGGAAAUCAGACACAUGACUGAAGAGGCAGCCUCCGUAGAGGAAAUCGUCAAGGCAGUGACCAAGUUUUGUAUUUUCUUUAAAAUCGAGGAUGAACACGUGUGUACUCUGAUAGUACCACAGUUUCAGGAAGAGGUAUUAUACGUCGUGGAUAACUUGAUUUUGUCACCGGGCGAAGCGUGUGGCAUUGUUAUUGGUGACACCUGCUCAACGCCAUACUUCCCGGGUGACAUGUGGAAUGUCACCUUCCCAGACAAGCCCAAACCCGAACCUCGGCCACCAACUCCGCCCAAGCCUAAUGCACCGAUUCUAAAAUUCUUGCAUCUUACUGACAUUCACCUAGAUUUCCAGUAUGCUGUAGGGUCGCCCGUGCCGUGCGGAGAACCACUGUGCUGCAGGGUGGAUGACAACGUCACCGUGACUGUAGGACAAGCAGGUAAAUAUGGUGAUUACUACAACUGUGAUGCUCCGCUGGACAUGUUGACCUCUUUGUUUAGUCACCUCAGUUCUAUACAGGACCAGUUUGACUUCAUAAUUAUGACCGGCGACAUCCCAGCCCACGACGUCUGGAGCCAAAGCCGCACUGAGCAAGUGGCACACGUGACUGCUUUGGACAAACUGUUUACCAAUUACCUGCCCAACAAGCCAGUGUACUCUUGUGUGGGUAACCACGAGACUUCACCCAUUAACGCAUUUCCACAACCUGGGAUCCCAGGACAAGAUAUGACGUGGAUGUAUGGGGCGAUGGCUGAGUCUUGGGGAAAGUGGUUGCCCUUGUCCGCUUUGGAUGAUGUCCUCAGAUGUGGCAUCUACUCAGUGUCUCCAUAUCCAGGUUUCAGAAUCAUUUCUAUCAACAACAACUACUGUAACACAGGAAACUGGUGGCUUUUACUUAACUCCACUGACCCAUGUAAUGUACUUCAAUGGUUCGUUGGAGAAUUACAAAAAGCAGAAGACAGCGGAGAAAAGGUUUACCUUCUAAUGCACAUACCACCAGGAUCUACAGACUGUUACAAAUACUGGAGUCAUAAUCUCUAUAAUAUAGUAAACAGAUACGAGAACACGAUAGUCAAUCAGUUCUACGGUCACAGUCACCACGACUGGAUCAUGAUGUUCUACGACAACGCCACCUUCACCAGACCCCUGGGAUUUGGUUUUGUUUCACCCAGCGUGACCACCUACUCUUUCAACAACCCAAUCUACAGAAUUUAUACCAUGGACGGGAAUUACACGGGCAGUUCUUGGGCUGUAUUGGAUUAUAAUAAUUUCUACAUGAACUUGACGGAAGCCAAUGCCAAGGGUAAUCCUCAGUGGAUAUUUGAAUACAAUCCCAAGAAGGACUACAAUAUGACUGGAUUAUAUGCCAACGACUGGGAUGACCUCAUACAGAGACUUCAGAAAAACGACACUUUAUUUCAGCUGUUCUAUAAACAUUACAGCAGCAUGUAUCAAGGGACGCCGUGCCAUGGCAACUGUAAAACUGACAUACUCUGUGACAUGGUUGAAGGAAGGUCAUAUGACCCAGACCUGUGCCAACAACACAUCAGGCCAUAAGUGUAAAUGAAUGAAAGAAACAAUCAGAAGUUUGAUGUAAAAAAAAAAAGACUGUAUCAACAAAUCAAGUCUUCACGCCAUUGUGCUUUCCUUUUCAUUUGUUUGCAUAGGAUUUUCAAGUGAUGAACCUUAUAAAGAAUGGCUUGUGCACACAGAGACUAACAGAAAGGGACCGUCAACUCUAUUUAUUUAAAGUUGUAAUUACACAGUUCAACAUAACCCGUGGCCUGUUCAUUUUAAAGUAUUUAUCCACGUUCACAUUCUAUUUUUAUCUUCUGUUUAUACAGUAAAAAGAGAAAGUAACUCUAAGCCAGAAGUAGACCACUCCUGUACAGGAACCUCUCCAGUUUUGAAGUAUAGAAAGUGAGCAAGCGGUUCUUCUCUAUUCCUAUUUUCUUUUUUUCUAUUUUGAAUGUUUAUGUAAAAGCCUUACUCAUGGAUCUAGACUAAUUCUGUGUCACCACUGAUGAUAUUAAAAUGCGUGUACAGUAAAUAUUAAUAUUAUUCCUAGCGUGUACAAUAUGGUUUCAGAUGUGUAUCUCAUUCUUUACAUUUUACUCAGACGUAGAGAGGCAUCAACAACCUUUUUUUUUUUUUAAUUUUACAUCGCUCUCCAUGUCCAUCCACCUCUUGCCCACAUAUGAUGACGUUGUUUUGUCCAUUUUAUUUACGUUUUAAACAGCUCCAUGAUUGUAGCAAGUCACUACAGAUUUAAGGCGAGAGGGAAGAAAUGAAAUAGAAGUAACAAUAAAAAGAGUAAAAUUACAAUAAAAUCAAAUUACCUUAAUUCGUGUUGACAUUUUUCUAAUUUUAUCUUAUAGGCCUAAGUGAUACGCAUUUCAUAUAUCAAUCUAAUCAUGCAUGUUUAUCAGUGAAUUAUACUCUGCUAAAUCGUUGGUUUCCCUGGCUGAUUUAGGCAACCUAUUCCAUUCUCUAUUGGCAUUAGGGAAAAAGGAGCAAUUGUGUGAAUUUGUUCUAGCAUAUGGAAUAAGAAAUGUGCCUUUAUCUUUGUGUCUUUCUGAGUAUUUCAUUAGGUUUUGUAUUUGUACAUCAUGGUUUAGUGUUUUAUGUAUUGACUGAAAUCUAGGGCAUUGAGUAAUAAUUCCAGUGUAUGUUGAUAAUUUGAAUUCUACAAAUUAGGAUAAUCCAAGGCUCCCUCCACCGACAUUUUUUUUAGGGGGGCGGGGGUCGAGGAGUAAAUUUGGUUCUUCGUAGUGCUGACCCACAUGAGACAUUUGAUACCUAUCAGAUACAGAUAUACUUUAGAUUGACCAUUGGUUUGCAUACGAAAUACUCAGAAGAAUAAGUACUAUUAGUAGCCUAGUCUUUCCUUGUGCCAUGGAACGGGUUGCUUGAAUCAGUCAGGAUUAAGUCUCUAAUUAACAUGCACGCUUAAAUUAACAGAAAUACAAGUAGGACUGCAACUAAAAGGAAGAAGAUAAGAAAAAAAAAUUUUUUCUUCACUAUUCAGAGCACUGUAUAGCCACAAUUCUCAGAUCAAUUAUUAUUGACUUUUACAAGAGAUGCAAAUUAAAUUAAAUUGUGUUAGUAAA